GUGUUCAGAACCAAACAGUAUAAAAGUAGAGGAGAGAGAGAGAGAGAGUGAAGUGUAGAUUACGCUUUGGAUGAGGCGCGCCAAAACCUCAUAAAACUCCAUUAAUGGCCGUUCCUUUAUCUGCUUCCACUUUCUCCCCAAACAGCCUCUCUCUCCACCGCUCAUCCACUCCGCAGCUAACUUCUCUGUUCACCACCCGUUUCUCUCGGAGGCAAAUUUCUCCUAAAUUCAGCCGCAUUUUGGCGAAGAAGGAUAAUGGCUCCAUGGAGUUAGUGACUGUGAACAGUUACUGCUCUAAGUUAAAGGCAUGGAUGGAACCACAGAGGAAGCAGUUCGAGAGUGCUUUCACAGCCAUCGUUAUUUUUCUUCAGCUGAUAUCACCACUACCUUUGCCAGGUCAUCAGUCUUGGUUCGUUCCUUCUGCCGAAGCAGUUCUUUAUUCACCCGAGACGAAGAUUCCUCGGACUGGGGAACUAGCUUUGAGAAGAGCAAUCCCUGCCAACACAAACAUGAAAGCUAUACAGGAUUCUCUGGAGGACAUAUCUUACUUGCUAAGGAUUCCACAGAGGAAACCGUAUGGAACAAUGGAGGGAAAUGUCAAGAAAGCUCUAAAGAUUGCUGUGGAUAAAAAAGAAUCCAUCUUGUCUAGUACGCCUGCUGAUUUGAGAGAAAAGGGUGAUGCACUCUAUGCAUCUCUUACAGAUGGGGAGGGUGGGCUUAAUAAACUUCUCAAUAGCAUCAAGGAUAAAGAUGCAGACAAAAUAUCCGUUGGCCUAUCGACUACCCUCGAUACUAUUGCGCAGCUCGAAUUGCUGCAGGCUCCAGGGUUAUCAUUUCUGUUGCCUCAGCAAUACUCAAACUAUCCAAGGCUUGCAGGGAGAGCAGUAGUUGAAUUUGCUAUCGAGAAAGGAGACGGCUCGACAUUUUCUCCAGAAGCCGCUGGUCAACCCAGAAACACCGCAAUAAUUCAGGUUGUCGUAGAUGGGUAUUCAGCCCCUCUUACAGCAGGGAACUUUGCAAAACUGGUGGUCGAUGGGGUUUACGACGGGAUGAAACUUAACUGCACAGACCAAGCUAUUCUUUCAGACGGUGCUGUGGGAAAGGACAAAGGGUACAUCACCCCCCUCGAAAUAAUGCCGUCUGGCCAAUUUGAGCCACUCUACAAAACAACACUAAGUGUUCAGGACGGGGAGCUGCCUGUGCUUCCGUUAUCCGUUUACGGUUCAGUGGUCAUGGCUCAUAAUCCGGACUCCGAGGAAUAUUCUUCGCCGAAUCAAUUCUUCUUUUAUCUUUACGACAAAAGAAAUGCUGGCUUAGGAGGGCUAUCGUUUGACGAAGGCCAAUUUUCUGUAUUUGGAUACACGACUAAGGGAAAAGAAACGUUAUCCGAGUUAAAAACCGGAGAUGUGAUCCGAUCCGCAAAGGUGAUCGAAGGUCAAGAUCGACUCGUUCUUCCUAAAGAAAGCUAGAAAUGCUUGUUCUUUUCUGUUUGCUAUUGAAGUUUUAAAUAGUCUAUCAGGUGAGUAUGGGUUUAACGUGUCCGACACUCUAGGACACCUGCCGGACACCUUAAGGGCCAUUUUGUAAUUUCUGAAAAGUUAGAAACAUGUUUGAAUAGCAAAAUUUCAAAUAUUUUUGUUGCUUCCCUAAU